UAGAUAAGCACGCCGCGCCUGAGAGAAGCAGGACCACAGCUGAACUGGCAUCCCAGCCUAGCACACGCGUUUCCAGAGCAGCAGCAGUACCGGUACUCGUGUAAUUCACACGUUUCUAUUCCGUUAACCAUGGAGAAGUACGAGGUGAACGGACACCCAGUGUCCAAAAAUCCAGAAUCUGAAGCCCCGGGAAAUUCUCAAAAGAAAAGCUGCAAUGACAAAUUGAAGGGGUUCUUCAGAAGAAAUUUGCUAGUGAUUCUAACCGUGUCUGGAGUUUUGGUGGGAGUUGCACUUGGAAUGGUGAUUCGGAACAUGGGCCUGACUCGGGCGCAGAUGACUUAUUUCGCCUUUCCCGGGGAGAUGCUGCUGAGGAUGCUGAAGAUGAUCAUCCUUCCCCUGGUGGUCUGCAGUCUCAUCUCCGGCGCAGCCAGCCUGGACACUCGCUCCCUGGGCAAACUCGGAGGCAUCGCCGUGACUUAUUUUUUGGUGACCACCCUCAUUGCCUCGUCCAUCGGCGUGGCCCUGGCAUUCAUCGUCAAACCCGGCGUGGGCGCCGGUGCGCUCAACGCCAACAACUUGUUUCUUGAGACCGUGAGCACCAACAAAGAAACUGCCGACUCGUUUUUAGAUCUUGCCAGAAACUUGUUUCCUUCCAACCUUGUGGCCGCAGCAUUCCGCACGCAUGUCACAGACUACAAGAACAUUCCAGUGGGAAACAUCAGCAACGGCAGCCUCAUCUAUCAGAAGGUCCCCUAUGGCACGGAGGUGGAUGGCAUGAACAUCCUGGGCCUGGUGCUGUUCGCUCUGGUGUUCGGGGUGGCGCUCAGGCUGUUGGGGCCCGAGGGGGAGGAGCUCAUUCGCUUCUUCAACGCCUUCAACGAGGCCACCAUGGUGCUGGUCUCCUGGAUCAUGUGGUAUGUGCCCCUGGGCAUCAUGUUCCUUGUGGGCAGUAAGAUCGUGGAGAUGGAGGACGUGGUGCUGCUGGUGACCAGCCUGGGCAAGUACAUCCUGGCCUCCAUCCUGGGCCACAUCAUCCACGGAGGCCUGGUGCUGCCCCUCAUCUACUUCGCCCUGACCCGCAGGAACCCCUACACCUUCCUGGCCGGCCUCAUCACGCCCUUCACCACAGCCUUCGCCACCUGCUCCAGCUCGGCCACUCUGCCCACCAUGAUGAAGUGCGUGGAGGAGAACAACGGCGUGGACAAGAGGAUCAGCCGCUUCAUCCUGCCCAUCGGCGCCACCGUCAACAUGGACGGCGCCGCUAUCUUCCAAUGCGUGGCAGCCGUCUUCAUCGCCCAGCUCAGCAACCACGAGCUCAACGCCGGACAGAUCUUCACUAUCCUGGUGUGUGCCACGGCGUCCAGUGUGGGCGCGGCGGGCAUCCCGGCUGGGGGCAUCAUCACCAUCGCCAUCAUCCUGGAGGCCAUCGGGCUGCCCACCAACGACCUGUCACUCAUGCUGGCCGUCGACUGGAUCGUUGACCGCACUACAACGGUGGUGAACGUAGAGGGCGACGCGCUGGGCGCGGGCAUCCUGCACCACUUCAACGAGCUGGAGCAGCGGAAGCAGCGCCUGGCCCAGGAGGAGGCGCGCGGGGACGCGGAGCUGCAGGAGGUGAAGGUGGUGGAGGAGGAGGAGGCAGCAGCCCGGAGGGAGAGGCAGGGGGAGGGGGAGGUGGUGGCCAACGUUCAAGGGGGAGAGGAGACCUCCCCGCUGGUCACGCAUCGCCCUGGACACCUGGCCCCCGACACCUCCAGCGAUAACCUGCUGGAGAGAGACGGCAUGGAGUCCGUGUUGUAAAAGACGAGAGACUUUUUGUGCUCACUCUCUCUCUCUCUCCCCCCCCUCUCUCUUUCUCUCUCUCUCUCUCUCUCUCUCUCUCUCUCUCUCUCUCUCUCUCUCUCUCUCUCUCUCUCUAGCUUGCUCUCUGUUUCUGUUUCUAUCUAUCUCUCUCUUGCUUUCUCUUUCUUUCAAAAUGUCCGGUGUUCUGCUUUUUUGAUUCGAGACAGAGAUCAUGCUCUCUUGAGUAUGUGCUCUGAAGAGCAGGGACUUGUGACUGUAAAGACCACCAGGGACUCUCUCUCUCUCUCUCUCUCUCUCUCUCUCUCUCUCUCUCUCUCUCUCUCUCUCUCUCUCUCUCUCUCUCUCUCUCUCUCUCUCCCUCUUUCUGUUGUUUGAAACAGCUUGUUUCCACCCCAGAAAGAGGUUUGUGGCCUGUGCUCUUAAGCCUAAGGCGUUCUUGCAAAUGUGAAAAUGUUCAUUUAUCCAGGUCAUGGUCGUGAAAGAGCUAAACUGUAAGGAUCUGGACUUGAGCACAUUUCAUCUUCCAUCCAGAAAGUGUAUUCAGCUGUGGUCUAACUGUGGGGAAGAAGGACUUCAGGGUUGAUGGGUAGUGGUGGAACAUCUUCAUCAAACUCCAAAAACAAUUCCAGUGGGAUACAGCAUAGCUCUUUGACUCGGAAACACUCACCUCCUUCUCUUUCUCUCUCUCUCUCUCUCUCUCUCUCUCUCUCUCUCUCUCUCGCUCUCUCUCUCUCUCUCUCUCUCUCUCUCUCUCUCUCUCUCUCUCUCUCUCUCUCUCUCUCUCUCUCUCUCUCUCUCUGUUGUUUAGUUCCCAGUGCCACUACCAACAGUGCAGGCAACUAUUCUGCCAACCUGCAUAUCUAUGCUGUUACCUCUUUACAUGGAAAGUUUACUUGUGUUUGUCACUUAGUUUUUCCAGUGCUGAAAAGACACCAACGAUAACAACGAUGUGAAAUAUGCCAUAGUUGACAUUGUUGCGGUGUCAAACUGCCCACGGUUGUGUUUUUGUGGUGAAAAUGUUUCCAAGUGUCUUUGCUUUGAAGGUUUUUUUUUUUUAUUUCAUUUUCUUCUCCUGUCUCCACUGCCCAGUCUUAACGUUCCUGUUUGUUUCAGUGGAAGAGAAGUGUUGUGCAAAUCCAAAGGGAACUCUCCCAAGCGUGAUGUGGUCAGUCUUGGUGGUGUGAGACACAAAUAAGGAGAAUUAUUUGGAGAGUAAGCCAAGUGGUUUUAUUUUAGUUUGUUCUUAACUCGAGUAAAAGUAUUAAUGGUACCCUUUAGAGAAGAGAAGCUAUGUGUUGUAAAUACUGUAUGUGUGUGGCUUUUGGUUGGCUGUUCCCUACAGUGGCCUAUUUUGCUGGCCAACUGAAGCUGCUGGUGAAUGGUUUGGACAGCACUUAUUGUGUUAUCCCUAAAUGUGCAUGCUCUCUGGCUGUCUGAAUAAGAGCACCCUUAUUGCCUAGAGCAUUUCACGACUUAAAAGGUCAAAAAACUGACAUUAAAUGGAAGGGAUGUAUUUUUUUAAUUACAUGUUGCAUUUUUUGAGAAUGACAUUGCUCCCGUCUCUAAAAAACGUUAUUCUUUUCUGAGGUCAUAGAGCUCUAUCUAGCGGUUGCGGAAUGUGUUUUCAAGCAUUCCUUUAUCUGUGACUAGAGUGCCACCCAGUGGUAAAAUAACAGUAUUGUUUUUUUCCCUUCCACACAUGGGACUCUCCAUUAUCCUAACUCCUGGUCUUCCCUUGUGCUUGUGGCCCCGAGGUGAGGUCGCAAGAUGUUAUUGACGACAGAAGUUUAAUUCAAUGUCUUGCAAUAGCACAAUAUAAAGGCCAUUUUCUCAUUUGCAAUUGGGAUGUUGAAUGGGGGAAAUUCCUAGAAAAGUUGUUGUGGCUGUGCUAGGCUGACAACAGGGAAACAAUAUUGUUUUCUCCAUGGCGGCGGGCCAUCAGCAAAGCGCGAGGCCACAAGCACAGAUCAAGGUUGUGAGUUACAAUAAUGGAAUGUCUCCAUGAAGUGCAACGCACAGGAAAUUGUAUUCUGCUAGCUCAGUAUUAACACAAACUUGUUUAAAUAGGAAAAAUAACCACUAAAUGAAGGGAUUAUAUGACCAAUUUGAUUUUAGCGAUGAUUUCACCCAUCUACAUUAAUGUGAAUUUUGAUGUCAAAAUGAAGGGUCAAUGUGCAUAGUUAAAGGGGUCAUGCAGUAGAAUGUUUAUCUUGGGUAUUCUUUACGUCUCUACAGACUUUUCUUUAAUGUGAAACAUAGUUGUUCCAUACUGUCGUUAUACAUCCAACUUCAGAAAUGGUAAAAUGUUUGAUUCACAACAUAGCUGUGUUGUGAUGUCUUACCGGCAAAUUCAAGUUCAAUGAAUAGAUAAAUGACAUGUGCCAUUUACCUCUUGUUAUUUUGCUUUUGAAUAGCAGUUGAUCCCAUUUCUUUGUAAAUCAAACUAUAAUGCAUUUUAUUUGUGCACUAGAAAAAGAGGUGCCAUACUCCAAUUGGUUAUCAUAUGACUCCUUUAAAAAACACCAGACUGUUCUCACAUAAUGAACUCAAUCAUCAUUUGGUGAGUUCGACGAAUUGAGUUUUUUUUUUCACUUAAAAAAAAAUACUUUCACACUUCACUAUCACUGCAUGUUUUUUUGGAAUCUUGUUCUCUGGCUGAUGGAAAAUCCUAUUUGUUAAUGGCUAUACCGCAGAUUUGCAUGUUUGCAAUAUUUUUGGCUGCUCUUUCACCUCAUAAGUGCAUCUGAUUGGUAAAAAAACAAGGUGUUCGAGCACCAGCUCUUGUAUUAUGAUUGCUACGCAAUACUGAACCUGUCAGAUGUGCAGAUGGCAUUAUGUUCAUUUUUGAAGAGUUGUAUUGUGUCACCUUUCAUCAAACAGCAGACAUGAUAGAACUUUUAAGCUGGAUGUGCAGAAUGUAUCUGAAGUAAUUUCCGAUAGAUAAGCUAGAUGAAAGACUGUAAUUUAUUUUAAUUGUUUUCAAAUGUUGUAUAAUUUGUAAUUUGCAAGACACUAUUGAUGAUGGAUAUUACAUAGGAAUUCAAUGCCAUCAAAUAGCCUUCAUUGUAACAUCCUCAGUUGUAGUUUAAAGAGGGCUAUACAAUGUGAGAUCCUUGGCCUGUUCUAUUCUACUGUGUUAUACUGCCUUUCACCUUCUCAAAUGUGUGAAAUAUUCUAUCUUUGUAAUACUUCUUUUGUACUUCUCAUGGUCAGAUGUCUGCUUUUAACAUUAAACCUAAGCAUCUGUGUUGAAUCUUCCUGAUCUUCUUCCAGAUCUGUGUUGAAUUUUCCUUGGUGAGAGAGAAAACAGCAAAAGACAACUUGACAACACAGAAUGUCUUCUCAGUUUGGGAUCUCAGAGACCUAUUAACACUGUAAUAAACAAGUGUGUAUCAAAGAGGAAAGUAGGGCAUUUAUUUUAGAUUAGAUACAACUUUGUUGAUGCACAAAAAUAGCCCUGCAGGUAUUGAAAGUGGUAUGUUCUAUGAUGAUAAAUAGUUAAUUUUGGUCCACUUUCUAUAUAGGCUACUGGUUUUAGUUUCCCCAAAGGACAUGGAUAGCAAGAGUGCUACAGGACUGUAGCAGGGUUCAAGGGUUCAACAUGUUGUGCCCAAUGGGUGGCGCCCAAAUGCAUUUCUUAUCUGGAGUAGACAGCUAUCUCUUUUUAAUAUGCAUCCGACCACCAACAGCUGGUCUGCACUGUGUAAUAUUUUUACUAGCUCAUUUCUUGAUUCAUGCUGCCCAUUCACAAAUGUUACCGCUUCCAUGAAUGCUGACCACCAUCACCAAAUCCUAAGUAUUCAUUAUGACUGGGAAAAUUGCACUUUUCAUACAUGACAUGAGAAGGGGGAUCUUCUCCAUUGUUCGCCAUUUUGAAUUUUUGCUAAAGACACUGUGUGUGUGUGUUGUGUUCAUGUAUGCGUGCGUAAAUGCAUGCAUGUGUGCAUGCUUGUGUAGAAUGCGUGUGUGUGUGUGUG